UUUUUGUUUUGUUUUGUUUUUUCUUUUUCCUGUUUCAAUGAAUCACGGCAACAAACGUCCUAAAAGUAUAUUAAAGUAUAGACUUGAAAAUCAAAGACCAACGACUAGUACUUCACCUAUAACACCUGUCGCUCACAGUUGGCUAUCUCGGAUACAGUCUAAAAUAUUAUCCCCGCCAAAUGAAGAAAACCAAGAGAGAGAAGAUGGUGUUUCAUUACGAAAACAUGACUUGAAAAGAGUCACCUUUUCAGUAGGCAAUCUCAUCGAGGAACAUUCAUUCGCUUUUGAUGAUUCUCCCAGAGAUGUCGAAUAUGAAAAAGAAAGACAGCUUAGAAAUAAAAUUCAGCAAGAAUUGACACAUGUUCGUUUGGCAGAUUAUUAUGACCAUGCUUGCAUUCAAAGAGACGGUGAAGGUGUAAUUGAUCAAUUUAGACACAUCCUGAGGCAUUGCCGAUCACUCGAGACUAUUGAUUUAAGUGGAGCAACAAUUACUUUACAGCAUGCAGGAUCGUUUUCGGAUAUUUUGAUGCUUAAAUUUGGUUUAAAGUAUUUAAACUUGUCUAAUUGUAAAAUGGAUGAUGAAACUAUUCGUAUUUUACUCUGCAGCUUAUUAGUUAGUAACACAGUUAUCGAAUUGAAUCUUUCACAGAAUAAUAUAAAGUCAAAAGGAUAUAGAUACAUCGCUAUAUUUAUAAAAGAAUCUAAAAAGAUUCAAUCCAUUAAUUUGUCAAAAAACAGUAUCGAUAAAAGAGGGAUGCAAUACCUUGCACAAGGAAUACAACUUGCUGGCUCACUUGAAAAGUUGCAAUUGGAUGAGUUUAUUUUAAAACCCCCUCAAAUAUUGCAACUACUCUCUGACGGAAUCAAAAAGCAUCCUGGUGGGCUUUCGACAUUAUCUUUAUGCAAUUAUCGUAUACCACCUUCAUCUACUAUUCAUUUAGCCAAUUUGCUCUCCAGCAAUAUAUCCACUAUCAAUUUAUCAGGUUGCCAACAAUUUCAGAUACCUAUCCUAGCUUACGCUUUGAUUAAUAACAACACACUCUUACAUCUUUGCUUAUCAAAUUGUAAAAUAACAUCACACAAUCUAUCUACAUUAUCAAAAGCAUUAUUAGAAAAUAACUGUCUGGAGUCAUUAGAUCUAUCAAAGAAUCCUUUAAUAAGCGAUAAUGACGAAGGAAUACUUGAGUUGAAAACUGCCAUUGCUAGGAACCGUGGGCUACAGAGCUUAAACUUGUCAGAAACACAACUCGAUUCUGCUGCGACUAUUGCCUUGGCAGAAGCGCUAUCGGAGAAUACAUGCCUGAGCCGAUUAGACCUGUCAGGGAAUCCUCAGAUAGACAUGGCUGGCAUCUUGGCUCUUUCAAUAUCCAUUAAAAUGAAUCAUACCCUUACAUUUCUCGAUAUCAAUAUUCCCCCUCACGAUGAAGAAUUGGCUAAUUUACAAAACGAUAUCGUGGCAGUUUGUACGACAAAUAUGCUUCAAAAGAUAGAGCAGCAGCGACAGAAACAACAAACGCCUUCUGCCUCAUCGUCAUCUAGUAGUAGUAGUAGCAGUUACAGUGAUAUCGAUUUAGAUAUUCAGCCAGUCAAGAUACCUUCAAAGUCAGUAACUGGCUUACUUGAUGAACCCGAAUCAUCUACUGAACUCAGCGUUGUUGAAUAAUAAAUUUCCUUUAUGUACAUUACCAUCGUUGCUAUACCAUUUAUUAUUAUCAUUAUUAUUAUUACUAAAUAUAUUAAAAUUAUUGACAGCUGCUUAUACAUGAAGCGUUGGUGUCCCUUAUUACAUGUUGACCCCUUUUUUAAAACAACGACAGUGUAACAAAAAG